GAGACAGUGAAACAACCAGAUCCAGAUAUUUUUGCUUCUUACAUCAAGUUUGCAAUAAAGUAACGCACUGUUACAAUUAAUCUUUUAGUAUUUAGCGUAUCUUGGAGGUGUGCAAGUUUUACGAGAACAUGUCGCUGGAGAGAAUGAAUACAUCCGCGCUAGAGAUCAAGGACGAAUUAAGUGGAGAAUUUAGUUGGGAUUUUAAAAUUCCACCUCGCACCCGAAUAAACCAAAACAUGAGCCAGUUUGGUAAUGGGGGAUUCGUAUUUCCAGAUUUGAAAUUCAGCACUGGAUUUCUUGCCCAUGUGGAUCACAAAUUAUCCUUCGCAAUAUACGCCAAUCAAGUGAAUGCAUUUUUGCAACUUCCCAUCCAACAUAAUAAAAAGCUCGAGUUACGCACGGCUACUUUGGAGUUUUUUUCGUCACCAUUUCGACUUCCGGGGCCCAGGCAAGAAUUACGGUUCGUGUAUGACCUGAUCCAUUGCGAGGAGAAUGUGUACACCCGUUACGCCGGAAUUUGGACUAAUGAUGACGCAAGUUGGGAUGAUGCCGUGCACAUGAUAAGGCUAAAUCUUUCUGUCGUAUGCCGCGAACGUGGGGAAGUUAUUCCCUAUGCAAAUGAGGACAUCGCCAACAAAUUUCUAGUGGGCGCCGAGGAAGCUGUACGCUUAGGCGGGUUUGAUGACAUGUUCUUAUCAGGAGAUCUCUCAGAUGUUAUGCUCGUUUGUGGGGACAAUGCAGAAUUUCCGGCGCAUCGCUUCCUCUUAUCGGGUAAAAGUCCCGUCUUCAGGAAAAUGUUUCAAGAUGAAGGGAAAGGGGCGAAGGAGGGGAGAAUAAUUUUGGAGGAUAUUUCGGCCCCAGCGUUAAAAGAGUUCUUACGGUUCCUUUACUGCGGUCGGGUCCUGCGUUGGGGCAAUCCAUUGUUUCAGGAGUUGUUCAAAUUUGCGGAAAAGUUCGAGGUUCAGAUGUUGAAGAAUGUGUGCGAAAGGAAUCUCAUAGACGGAUUAGGGGUCAACAAUGCGGCUGAGAUGUAUCGUCUGGGAGAGAUGCACAAUGGGGUCGUUUUGCAGGAACAAGCGCUGAAAAUCAUUGCCAAAAACAAGGGCGGAAUCUUUCCAGAUGCAUCGACGCUUAAGCAGUUUUCGGAUAGAUAUCCUGAAAUCAUUUUUGAAUUGUUGAAAUCUUGAGUUAUUCUUUCCCGUCGGUUUAUCGAUGGGCACUAGUGGCCAACCUGUGUCCCUUUAUUUCCUUACCUACAUACUAGUACGUACAUAUAUAAAAAUUCUUGUAAUCCAAGUGCCGGAAUAGGCAAAAGUGGUGUAAUAAUAUUUUCCACCCUCUGUCUGUUUUGAAGCUAUUGCAAAAACUGUACGUCAUUUUAAACAUUUGGGACCUAUAAUAAAUUUUGUAUAAAUUUUUAAACGUGAUACUGAAUGUAUGUAUGUGCAUA